GAUCAUCGGCUCCGGUCCGGCCGGCCACACGGCCGCCAUCUACCUGGCGCGUGCCAACCUCGAGCCGAUUCUCUUCGAGGGCAUGCUUGCGAACGGCCUCGCACCCGGUGGCCAGCUGACGACGACGACUGAUGUGGAGAACUUCCCUGGUGAGCAGAUCAGACUCGAGAUGAGCGGACGAGGCGGACCCAGGGCAUGGGAGCUUGGUAGAGCAGCAAGGGCCAGUAGAGGCCAGGCUGUGCGGGAGAGAGGCAGGCCUCGCCGAUGAGGCUACGCCGAGAGCAGGGUAUGGCAGAAGCGGGCGACGUCGUGAGCGUGCACGCUGCGCUGCGCGUCAGAGCCAUGUCAAGGGCUCGGCCUGCCGUCUAUGACUCUCAGCUCGGCUGCGAUUGCUUGCAGCAUGCUGACGCCUCGCGUGUCAGGCUUCCCGGACGGCAUUCGCGGCCCCGAGAUCAUGGACAAGUUCCGCGCGCAGUCGGAGCGCUUCGGCACGAAGAUCUACACCGAGACGAUCAGCAAGGUGGACCUCUCCUCGCGGCCAUUCAAGUUUUGGCGCGAGGGCAAGGAGGACGAGCCGGCCGAGCUGGCCGAGACGAUCAUCAUGGCCACGGGCGCGUCGGCACGGCGCAUGGACCUGCCGGGCGAGGAGACGUACUGGCAGAGCGGCAUCUCGGCGUGCGCCGUGUGCGACGGCGCGGUGCCGAUCUUCCGCAACAAGCCGCUCGUGGUCAUCGGCGGCGGCGACUCGGCGGCCGAGGAGGCCACGUACCUGACCAAGUACGGCUCGCACGUCUACGUGCUCGUGCGCCGCGACCAGCUGCGCGCCUCGAGCAUCAUGGCCAAGCGGCUGCUCAACCACCCCAAGGUCACCGUGCUCUUCAACCACACGGCCACCGAGGCCAAGGGCGACGGCGACCUGCUCACGCACCUGCGCAUCAAGAACACGCAGACGGGCGAGGAGCGCGACCUCGAGGCCAACGGCCUCUUCUACGCCAUCGGCCACGUGCCCGCCACGUCGCUCGUCAAGGGCCAGGUCGACUGUGACGAGGACGGCUACAUCAUCACGGUGCCCGGCACGGCGCAGACGAGCGUCAAGGGUGUCUUUGCCGCCGGUGACGUGCAGGACAAGAAGUACCGCCAGGCCGUCACGUCUGCCGGCACGGGCUGCAUUGCCGCACUUGAGGCCGAGCGGCUACUGGCCGAGGAGGAGGAGCUGGCGGGCAGCCACUAAUUCUUGCGCCGUGCUACCGCGAUCCCGACUACAGCUCCUUGCUCCGUAUCCUUCGAGAGGGAAGACAGUGACUGUGACGCGCCCAUGUUUCCUUCCACCGGCUCUGCCG